AUGGUGACACAGAGCUAUGCCGAUUUCACAACGAAUUCUGCAAAUCUUUUUUAUCUUCAUCCUAACGAGAAUCCAUCUCUCGUUCUUGUUACUCCACCUCUUACGGAUAAGAAUUACCAUACUUGGGAUCGUUCAAUGCACAUCACAUUCAUCUCCAAGAACAAGGAUAAAUUUAUCGAUGAAACCCUAACUAAGCCGCUGGUGUCCGAUCCAAUGUUUGCGCCAUGGAUUCGUUGCAAUACCAUGGUUCUUGCGUGGAUUCACCACUCAAUUUCCGAGUCAAUCACGAAGUCGGUUCUCUAUAUUAAUAACGUUGCUGGAGUAUGGAAGAAUUUGCAGAUACGUUUUUCUCACGGCGGCUUCUUCCACAUCUCUGACAUUCAAGAAGAUCUUUACAAGUUUCGUCAAGGUACUCUCGACGUCUCUAACUAUUUUACUCAGUUGAAGGUGUUAUGGGAUGAACUUGAGAAUUAUCGCCCGAUUCCUUUCUUUUCUUGUGCUAUACCGUGUUUAUGUGAUUAUGAUGAUGAAUCCCUUCCCGAUAUCAACAAUGCUUUUUCUCUUGUAAUUCAGCAAGAACGUGAAAUGGAUAGUGUGGCAUCUAGUGGUGUUCCUUAUGCAGAUUCCAAUAAAGAAGUCCCUGCCUUACAAGUUCAGACACAUGAAGGAAAUUGUGCUUCUAAACAGGGCACCAAUCCUUCUCGUGCUAAAACUCAAGGCUCCAAUGCUCCAAGAGGCAACAAUCGUAUGUGGACUCAUUGUGGUCGCACAAACCACACAGUCGAAACAUGCUUUACUAAGCAUGGAUAUCCUCUAGGAUACAGAAACAAAGCCAAGCCUCAAGGAACUUCUUCAUCUAAUGCCAAAAAUGUCUCCACUGCAUCUCCCCAGGAUUCAGCCACACCUUCUUUUGGUUUUACUAAAGAGCAGUAUGACAGCAUCCUGACAUUGCUUCAACAAUCCAAGUCCACCCCUACAGUCAACUCUUUCUUUACUUAUCCAUUUGUCAUGAACACUCACUCCAACAAUAUCAAUGGUAAGAAUCCCUAUCUUUGGAAUCUAGAUACUGGUGCUACAUACCACUUUUCAUUUGACUUGUCCUCAUUCAGUACACAUAAAACCAUAGUUCCUAUACAUGUUAGUCUCUCUGAUUGCUCACAAGUAAUAGCAUCCAUAUCUGGUACAGUUGAUAUCUCUCCCUCUUUUACUCUUUAUAAUGUGCUUUAUGUUCCUAGUUUUAAUAGCCAUUCCAAGGAAAUGAUUGAUAUAGCUAGCUUGCACAGGGGACUUUAUAUUCUUGACUCCACACCUAGUAAUUUUUCUAUUCAUAAUUCUUCAUGCUGUGCACAUUACAAUGGAUUACCUAGUCCUCUUUUAGAAUCUAAAUGUCCUUAUGAACUUUUAUUCAAAGAACCUCCAUCCAUGAUACACCUAAAGUAUGUCCAUAACCUUGAUGAUCCUCAUGUUGAGACAUUAACUUUGUCUCCUAGUCAACAACCUAGUACUACUGAGUUGUCCUCCUUCCCAGAUACCAAUGACAAUCCUACUAUCCUAUAUCCUCAACCUAAUAGCUCCCCUACUUCUGCCUCCCCUACUUCUGCUUCUCCUAUGCCUCAUGAUGUGACUUCUCAUAAUCCCAUCUCUCCUGUUUUUCAAGAGGACCAUCCUCUCAAUCCACAGGAUAAUUCUACUCCUCCACAUACUCUCUCUUUACCUGUUAGAAAUUCCUCUAGGGCAUCUAACCCUCCUCAAUAA